AUGGAUGGUUAUAGUGAAGAUGAAAUAUCUUCUAGAGAAUCACAACAAAGUUCAGAAAACGAAGGAGAAGUACAUGAACGCUCGCCUAUUUCAGACGAAGAACCUGUUAUUGAUGAAGCCGGACCCUCUUCAUCCUCUUUUACCAUCAAUGAACAUACCAACAACAACACAACCACUUCGAUUUCUAAACUUCAACCUUUUGCCGACACUUGUAAAAGUUAUGAAAUAGUACCUUAUGUGGCUGCAAUACACGCAUGUCAUGUUCAUGCUCUUGAUGUUACAAAAAAUAUGCGUUGGGUUUUUACUGGAGGCGAUGAUGGGUUCAUAAGGAAAUAUGAUUUUUUUGCCUCAAUGAGUGGUAAAACAUUAUUAACACAAAAUCAAAAACAUACUCAAGUCGAGUCUGUCCAAAAGGCAGGGGUUAUUGUGUCAUAUUGGGAAAAUGAAGAGCAACCACCUCCAACUCCUAAAUCAGAAGGUACAUCACAAAAUAUAUCAGAACCGUCUUCAUCUGAAAUAAAAUUAUCAUCAGUUUACAGCAUAGCAGUACAAUCAGAAGCAAUUUGGUUGUUAAGCGGAUUAGAGAGUGGCUCUAUAAAUUUAUACACUGUUAGGCAUGAAGAAGGUAGAUGUCAUCAUGUUUUAAGACAUCAUAAAGCACCUGUAUCAGUACUGAAAAUAACCCAAGAAGAAACUGGAUGUGUUAGUGGUUCAUGGGACAAAACUGUAUUAUAUUGGGAUCUUAAUACCGGUCAAGUGGAACGUGAAUUUUCAGGUCAUAGUUCACAAAUAAGUUCUAUUUCAUUUCGUCCAAUAAUUCCAUCAUCUUCUCAACUAUCAUCACCACAAAAUUCACCAACUCCAUAUGACGGUCCAGAAGAUACAUUAACUAAUUCUAAUGAUAUUUUGCUAACUACAAGUAUUGAUGGUAACUGUUUUGUUUGGGAUAGGAGAGCAAAUAAUUUAAUACCUAGAAAAAUGCCUCCACCUGAAAAAACGCCUCCAUGGUGUUUAUCUGCAUGUUGGAGCGCUGACGGUUCCAAAAUAUAUUGUGGAAGACGUAAUGGUACUGUGGAUGAGUGGGAUUUUCUUUCAGGAAAAUUUAUAAGAUCAUUAAAGAUGCCAAGUAAUUCCGGUCCUGUGUCUUAUGUAUUAAGUAUGCCUAAUGGGAAACAUAUAGUAUGUGCUUCUACUGAUAAUAUUAGAUUAUGGAAUGUUUUUCCAGAUGAAUAUGAAAUAUCUAAAAGUGCUGUACCAUUUUUAAUUAUACCAGGACAUCACGUGGUUGAUCAAACGUGUCGUUAUAUGAUCACAACUUCAGGAAAUAGAGGAUGGGAAGGUGGAACUACUGAAUGUGCAUUGUUUUAUGAUAUCACUCCAUCAUAA